AUGGAACUGUUCAGGUUUCUCGGGUUGAUCAUGCUCAGCCUGAGUCUGACUGGAGUUCAAACGCUCACACCAGCCCACUUUCUUUCCCUGGCCGAUAUUGCUCGACUUCAAAUUCUCUUCAGCCAGCCCUUUGAGGACUUGGAGUCGGCAUACUACUCUGUCAUCGGUCUUUCCAAACUUGGAGCCACUGUUCCUGAUCACAAGAACGUAUGCCAGUUCCUGAAUUCCCAGCUCGAUCCCACUGAUGUCGACUCAAUCUUCUUUGCUGCGGAGACGAGCCAAGCCUUACCUGGAUGUGAGAUCCCUGUGACCAAUGACACUCGAGACAUCCUUCUGGCUGCUGUCAGUGAAGACUCAACCAUGACUCAAAUUCACCGAGCUGUUAGCGCACUCAGUUCUUUGGGGCUUCCUGUGACAUCUCAGGAAGUCGUAAGUGCGCUCACAGCUCGCAUAAAUAAGGAGGACAAUGUCAUGGCCAUUACUUUAGCUCUACAAACAGCCACCCGUCUUUCUCGGAAAGCUGAACUUGGAGGAAUACUUGAGGAAAUUGAGGAUCUGACAGCUCGUUUAGAUGAUCUUGGUGGCAUCUUCCUCCAUUUUGAAGAGGGACUUGAGGCCACUGCCAUGUUUGUAACUGCUGCGUAUGCCCUGUCAGAUCAUACCGAUAUAGAGCCACCACUGAAACAGGACCAAGUCAUUCAGCUGGUGAACUCCAUUUUCAGCAAGAAGUCCUGGGACUCUUUGGCCGAAGCUUUCAGUGUGGCAAACGCUGCUGCUACUCUCUCCAACAACCGUUUUCAUGUUCCAGUGGUCGUCAACUCUCAUGGCCCGCCCACUGUGUCGCACAGCCAACCAACCCUGCAGAUCCUUGUUACUGAUGUCAUGUCUCAGCCUCUGGCCUCGGCUAACGUGCACGUGGAAUCUGUGUAUGCCUUGGCCUCGAAGAGCGUCAUUCUUGGCCAAGCGCCAUUCACGCUCAAUGACGGUAUCUUUGAACUGAACUUCAUGACCCAACAACCAGCCAGCGGAUAUUACCAAUUCACACUUUCUGUGACUGGUGAUUCCCGAUUGAUUGCCAAUCAUGUUGAGCUUAAAGUGAAAGUAUCGACUGAGGUGGCUGUUACCAAUAUGGACCUCUCUGUGGUGGAUAAGGACCAGAGCAUUGGCACUAAGACCACCAGGGUUGAAUAUCCUGCUAAAGCAAAGAGCUCCUUCACCGCUGAUAGCCACCAGAACUUUGCCAUGGCAUUCCAGCUGGUUGACGCCAAUACUGGAGUUGAACUUACUCCACACCAGACUUUUGUUCGGCUCCAUAAUCAGAAAACUGGCCAAGAGGUUGUUUUUGUUGCCGAGCCAGAUUCUAAGGGUCUGUACAAGUUUGAGUUGGAUGCUGCAGAGCGUAAAACAGAAUUUGCCCUGAUCUCGGGUACCUAUUCUCUGUAUCUGAUGGUUGGAGAUGCCACACUGGACAACCCCAUCUUGUGGAACGUGGUGGAUGUUGUGCUGAGGUUUGUGGAUGAGGACGCCCCAGCUACCAUUCAAGCCAAGACUCUUUACGUACCCAAACCAGAGAUCCAUCAUUUGUUCAGGGAACCAGAGAAGAAGCCACCAACGGUCGUUUCCAAUGCAUUUACUGCACUCGUCCUGUCUCCUAUCCUGCUUCUGCUUAUCCUGUGGAUUAAGCUCGGGGCGAACAUUUCCAAUUUUAGCUUUUCUCCCAGCACCAUUCUCUUCCAUGUUGGACAUGCAGCGCUGCUGGGCCUGAUGUAUGUCUACUGGACCCACUUGAACAUGUUCCAGACUCUUAAGUACCUGGCGAUUAUCGGCGCUGUAACAUUCCUGGCCGGGAACCGCAUGCUAGCACAAAAAGCAGUGAAGAGGAUUGCUGCCGAGCAAAGUAGUAGGUUGGCAAAGUAUAGGAGCCUCCGAUAA